GGGAAGUUGGGUAUCGGGCGAGAAAGGGGUUCGGUGGUUCUAGGAGCGUAAGGAGACAAUCUUCGCUGGCGCCUGCCUGGGCGCGGCGGAACGUCGGAGUCUGCAGGCGCAGCCGCGUUUCUUCGCGUCCAUCCCUGGGCCGGAGGGUCCCACCUCCCGGAUUCUCAGACUCUCCACGGCCCCCAGAGUACCUCCCUGGGUCACCCACUUCCCUGACUGUCGGGGUCACAGGACGAAAACAUGCUUAGGACUGGUUUGGAAGCCUCUCCUCGCUUUCCUGAACGAAGGAGUGGUUUUUGGAUUGGGUUGAGCUUUCUGAUUCAUAAUCCAUUCAUUCAGGAGAUGCGUGUUGAGUGUCCAGCCCAUACAGGCAUCAGGAUUUGAGCUGCAGAAGGGAAGGGCAAGUCAGAAGCAAGAAUUGGCAGCCGUAGGUCUUUCUCCAACUGCGGAGGCUUUCCUGAACCGUGAGCGCAGUGUUAGGACUCUUGAAGAUGCAACUCUGUGAAGGGUAGUUUGUGUUACCCUGAUCAGAAGCAGAGGCAGAGAAAGAAUGGCCUCAGACAAGAAACAGCCGUGCAGUCUCUGAAUGAGCCAGGCUCCUUGAGAGUGCCACAUCCUGUCGCGCUAGAGCUUGGUGAAGAUCAAGCGAGACAAGCAAAGAUUAAGUCUCACUGGGACUUGGAUCACUAUUAUCAAAAUAGCGAGCAUUCCCUCUGGCUGCCCAAAGUGCUUUUGUUAACUAGGAGAUUAUGGGAAGUGGAAUCUGGUGCUGUAGCUCGGUGGUAGAUGUGCCCGAGGCCCAGACUUCGAGCCCCAGCACUGCCAACAAGCCUGGAAAAACCCGGGACCAGGAAGGGCCCAGCAAAGAGGUUCCGGUUCUGUGGCGAUCUGGACUGUCCCGACUGGGUCCUGGCAGAGAUCAGCACACUGGCCAAAAUUUCCUCUGUGAAGCUGCGGCUGCUGUGUAGCCAGGUGCUAAAGGAGCUUCUGGGGCAGGGGAUUGACUAUGAAAAGAUCCUGAAGCUUACUGCUGAUGCCAAGUUUGAGUCUGGAGACGUGAAGGCCACGGUCGCGGUGCUGAGUUUCAUCCUGUCCAGUGCAGCCAAGCAUAGUGUGGACAGUGAUUCCUUGUCCAGUGAGCUACAGCAGCUGGGGCUGCCCAAAGAGCAUGCCACCAGCCUGUGCCGCUGUUACGAAGAGAAGCAGAGCCCCCUGCAGGAGCACCUUCGGGCCUGCAGCCUACGUGUGAACAGGCUGGCCAGCGUGGGCUGGCGGGUAGACUACACCCUGAGCUCCAGCCUGCUUCAUUCUGUGGAGGAGCCCAUGGUACAUCUGCAGCUACAGGUUGUGUCUGCUCCAGGUACCCAGGCCCAACCUGUUUCCAUGUCCCUCUCGGCAGACAAGUUCCAGGUUCUCCUGGCAGAACUGAAGCAAGCCCAGACCAUGAUGACUGCUUUGGGCUGAGAAGCAUGUUCCCAGCCUCUGUGGGGCCUCCCUGCCUGCACUGAGUGGCUGCCCUCCACACUCCUCUUGCAAGGGUGGCCCUGGCCUCUUGAGUCCUGGUUAGGGCUACUGGGGAUCUUCCCCAGAAUUGGCUUCUUUCUUUUUAAAGAAAGUACUUGCCAACCGUUUUUAUAGGCAAGAAGAAUAAACAAGUGUACAGCAAUGUG